CAGGGACGGAAUUGCGGUUCCGCGUUCUUCGGGCAGCAGUAGACUUCCGGGCUAAACUGCCCGGAAGUUUCGUGGAGCAAAGGGCCUUCGCGGGUGCCGCCGGAAGCCGUAGUCCGGGCACGCGAGGGCCGCCGGGAGCUGUGUGCGUCGCGCCAGUCCAGUCAGCGCCGUGCUACCCGCCCCGCACUCGGAACCCACAGCCGCCGCCCAGGGGGAUGCGGGAGCCCCUGGUUUCGGGGAGCAGAGAGGCAGGCGGGGUGAGGGGCGUUGCCAGGCAACGGGCGAGCGCCGUGGUUGGGAAGCCGAGGAGGGCAUGUCUCAGGCCCCAGGAGCACAGCCGAACCGGCCCCCCAUUUAUCACGAGCGGCAGCGCCUGGAGCUGUGUGCCGUCCACGCCCUCAACAACGUCCUGCAGCAGCAGCUCUUUAGCCAGGAAGCUGCCGAUGAGAUCUGCAAGAGCCCCUCCCCCUGCCCUGCCCACCAGGGGCCCAGAGGAAGAACAAAGGUGCCACUGUGCAAGAGAAGGCGGGACCCAGAGAGCCAAGUGGUGGCAGGGUUGGCCCCAGACUCCCGGCUGAAUCCCCAUCGCAGCCUCCUGGGCACCGGCAACUAUGACGUCAACGUGAUCAUGGCGGCCCUGCAGGGGCUGGGCCUGGCCACCGUGUGGUGGGACAGAAGGAGGCCCCUGUCCCAGCUGGCCCUGCCCCAAGUGCUGGGACUGAUCCUGAACCUGCCCUCACCCAUGUCUCUGGGGCUGCUGUCCCUGCCGCUCCGCCGGCGGCACUGGGUGGCCCUCCGCCAGGUGGACGGCGUCUACUACAACCUGGACUCGAAGCUGCGGGUGCCCGAGGCCCUGGGGGACGAGGACGGCGUCAGGGCCUUCCUGGCGGGGGCACUGGCUCAGGGCCUGUGCGAGGUGCUGCUGGUGGUGACCAAGGAGGUGGAGGAAAAGGGCUGCUGGCUGCGGACAGACUGACCCUGCGGAGGAGACACCGGGCCACCGGCCGUGCAUCCGCGUCUGGCCCCUGAGCGCCAGGGGAGGGCUGGGCCCACACCUCCCGGCCCGCGGAGGCCCAGCCCCUGUUCCGCGCCCCCUACUCCCAGUGCCGCCGCUGCCUCAAUAAAUGUGCUGAUUUGCGCCCGG